CAGGCGCGCAAUAACAGCCUACACGUAGCUAAGCGAGCGAGUGCGCGGAGCGGAGAAGCGCCUGGCAGACCGGAGCUCAGCGCGAGGUAGCCAAACCGCUGUCUGUCAUUAGCUGAGAGCGUGACAGAGGAGUGACAGAGGAGAGAGAGAGAGAGAGAGAGAGAGAGAGAGAGAGAGAGAGAGAGAGAGAGAGAGAGAGAGAGGAGGAGUGAACGGUCCCGGUUCUAACAGACACUCCGGCCUGAGGAGAGAAGAAGAAGAGACCACCGGACCCCGAGAGAGAGAGAGAGCGAGAGAGAGCGAGAGCGAGAGAGAGAGAGAGAGAGAGAGAGAGAGUGAGAGAGAGAGAGAGAGGGUGGGAGACUGACAGGCGUUACAGAAAGUAGAUGAACCGAAGCGUCGACAUGAGCGGUCAGUUUGAGGACGAUAUCCACGACCGGGGCGAGAGGAAGAGCAGUAAAUCCCCGACGCUGCUCUCCUCUUACUGCAUAGACAGCAUUCUGGGCCGCAGGAGUCCUUGUAAGGUCAGACUGAUAGGGGCGCAAAGUUUGACGGGUCUGCCCGGCAGAGGGGAGCUCGACAAGACGGCUGACAGGCCAACGAAAGACCCCCUUUCUCUCAGCACUGACAUGCACCUGCCACCUAAGCUCCGCCGGCUGUACGGAGCCGGGGGAAAGUACCUCCACGACCACGCAGAGACGUUGGACAGGGAGCGGCUCCUCCUGGAGCAAGCCAGCGACAGCCUCAAAAUCAGCCAGGCGCCGCCGGUGAGCAUCAGUCGCAGCAAGUCCUACCGGGAGAACGCGGCGCUAAGCCGGGGAGAGGGCGACCAGAGCCCCGGAGAGGGCUCGGAGGACGGCAGCCUGGGACUGGUCGAGCUCGACCCGUUGAAAUUCGAGGAGGACACAGGGAAGGAGGAGGAGAGCUGCGGGGACGCUGCCGCUCUGUCCCCGAAGGACGAGGGGAGAGAGAGCUUGAACGCCGGGGAUGGGGACGUGAGGGACGGGGAGGACAGCGUGUGUCUGUCGGCGGGCAGUGACUCGGAGGAAGGGAUGCUGAAACGGAAGCAGAGAAGAUACAGGACUACCUUCACCAGUUACCAGCUGGAGGAGCUGGAGAGGGCUUUCCAGAAGACACACUACCCAGACGUCUUCACCAGAGAAGAGCUGGCAAUGCGUCUGGAUCUUACCGAGGCCCGUGUUCAAGUGUGGUUUCAGAACCGCAGGGCCAAGUGGAGGAAGCGCGAGAAGGCCGGGGUGCAGGCCCACCCGUCAGGCCUGCAGUUCCCCGGCCCCCUGACAGCGGGCCACCCUCUCAGUCACUACCUGGAGGGAGGGCACUUCCCUCCUCACCACCAUCCUGCCCUUGAGUCCGCCUGGACAGCUGCUGCAGCUGCAGCCGCUGCCUUCCCGGGCCUGGCCCCACCACCCCACAACGGCGCUGCUCCACCACUGGCCACCCCACUUGGCCUGGGCACUUUCCUGGGCACGGCUGCCAUGUUUCGCCACCCUGCCUUCAUUGGACCCACUUUUGGCAGACUUUUCUCCAGUAUGGGUCCCCUGUCCAGUGCUUCCACCGCUGCAGCUCUCCUCCGUCAGCCCGCCCCACCUGUAGAAAACCCCUCCCACGCGGGCCCCAUCCUCCCUGACCCUUCCUCCUCUUCCUCCGCCCCUUCUUCCGCAGCUGCAGCAGACCGCAGGGCCUCCAGUAUCGCCGCGCUGCGCCUCAAGGCCAAGGAACACUCGGCUCAGCUUACCCAGCUUAACAUCCUGCCCAACGGAGCCGCAGGGAAGGAGGUGUGCUGAACACUCAACACCAGCUCUAGGCCUCCCCGUCCUGGGCUUACUUCCCAUUCCAUGACACCCCCGUCCCCCUCCAAAAACCCAUUCAUACCUCUGGAGGCUGAUGUCCUGAUGUCCCCUUGUUCAACCAUCGCUGUUACAUCAUGUUUCCCCAACAAAAUAGCACGACCAAAUUCAAAAGAGCACUGGCUAAAAAAA